CAUUCUGAAAAAGACAAAAAAAAUAUAUGGUCUAUGUUAAUGAUGGUACUCAGUGAUAUGGUGUCAAAUUACAUUAAUAUUCUACGUUUUCAACUUCCUUAUCUUAAUAUAACAGUCUUGAGUUUGGCUUCAGAUUACAGAUCAAAAAUGACAGACAUAACUCUUAUUUCCUCGAGCACUGUUCGACCUCAAAUCAUAAACCAACAAGGUCGUGAAAAGAUCCAUCUAACUCCAUUUGAUCUAAAUUUUCUCUAUGUUGAUUAUACUCAAAGAGGUCUUCUCUUCCCCAAACCCGACCCGGAAACCCAUUUCAUCUCUCGAUUAAAAACCUCUCUUUCUUCUGCUCUAGAUAUCUACUUCCCCUUCGCUGGUCGUCUUAGCAAAGUUGAAAAUCAUGAAGAUGAUACGGUGUCGUUUUACAUCAAUUGCAACGGCUCUGGUGCUACAUUCAUCCAUGCCGUAGCUGAAUCAAUCUCGGUAAGCGAUCUUCUUCAACCUGAUGGCUCUGUUCCUGAUUUUUCCAGGAUUUUCUAUCCCAUGAACGGUGUCAAGAGCAUUGACGGCGUCUCCGAGCCCUUGCUUGGUUUACAAGUUACCGAGAUGAGAGAUGGAGUCUUCAUCGGUUUUGGUUACAAUCACAUGGUCGCCGACGGUGCUUCGAUCUGGAAUUUCUUCAAAACCUGGUCAAAGAUUUGCUCUAAUGGUCAACCGGAGAAUCUUCAGCCUCUUGCCCUCAAAGGAUGGUUCGUGGACGGAAUGGAUUUCCCGAUCCAUAUUCCGGUUUCCGAGACAGAGACGCCACCACCAAGCAAUGAACUUUCUCCAACAUUCAAAGAGAGAGUUUUUCACUUCACAAAGAAGAAUAUUUCAGAUCUCAAAGCUAAAGUCAACAGCGAAAUUGGCUCGAGUGACCAUAAAGUCUCGUCCUUACAAGCGGUCUCGGCGCAUAUGUGGCGAUCAAUCAUUAGACACAAUGGUCUAAACCAAGAAGAAAAGACGCGUUGCUUUGUAGCAGUGGAUCUAAGGCAGAGGCUAAACCCUCCGCUCGAGAAAGAGUGUUUUGGUCAUGUGAUCUAUAACGCGAUAGCUACAACCACAGUGGGGGAGUUGCAGGGUCAGGGUCUAGGGUGGGCUUUUUUGCAAAUAAAUAAUAUGUUGAGGUCGUUGACGAAUGAAGACUAUAGAAUUUGGGCAGAGAAUUGGGUUAGAAAUAUGAAGAUACAAAAAUCAGGUCUUGGAAGUAAAAUGACUAGGGAUUCUGUAAUUGUGUCAAGCUCUCCUUGGUUUGAAGUGUACGAUAACGAUUUCGGUUGGGGUAAACCGAUCGCGGUUCGAGCUGGACCGAGCAAUAGUAUUAGUGGCAAACUUGUGCUUUUUCGUGGGAUUGAAGAAGGCUGUAUUGAUGUUCAUGCGUUUCUAUUGUCCGACGUACUUGUGAAACUACUAGCUGACGUGGAAUUUCUUGAGAAUGUGGCUAAUGUAUGAGUUAAUUGGUUGAGAUAAUCAAACCGAUUGCAGCUAGAGGUGGACCGGGGAAGAGUCGUAUAAGUGGUAAACUCGUGCUUUUCCAAGGGAUUGAAGAAGGAAGUAGUGAUGUUCAUGCAACCUUAUGGUCUGAUGUACUUGUCAAGUUAUUGGCUGAUGUUGAAUUUAUGGAGAAUGUAACCGUUACAUGAUUGUUUGGUUGAGAAAUAAAACAUGUACUUGUUUGCUUCUAAUUCGGUGUUUACUGUUUACAAAAAUAAAACUAUUUCGAAAUUCUCUAGGCCUAGAAAAAUAUAUUGGUUUUGGGGCUUUGCAUAUAAUCUUAUGGAUUCUGGAAAAUUUGUCUUAAUUGUAAUUUCCUUUACUUUCA